CAUUUACGAAGGAGGAGAUGCCGAUGGAAUGGGUGGGGGGGGGGGGGGGGGGGGGAGAGACAGCGGUUAUUAUAUUUGUGGCUCUUGUGUUAAACUACUUGUCAUUAGAUUCGUUUUAAGCUGGAAACACUUUUGUAUUGAGAACUGAUGUUUUUAAUGUUAUCUAACGUAUAGCCUGUAUUUAGUAUCUGUCCACAUUUAAUAACAACCUUUGGUUAUUGAUAUUGUAUUCCCAUCAGUAGUCAUUGCAGUUUACAUUAACUAUGUUGUGAUUAAGAGAGAGAAUUGUUUUGUCUAAGCUACCAAUACACACAAGAGCACUGUUUAUCACCACAGAUUGCCACAUGUGUGAUUACGACAGAACAGUCCAGUGGUAGCAUUGCAUUUCUUGCCAUAUAUUUUUCAAACUAAAUAAGUUUUUGAUGGUUCUACAUUGUUUCUACUUCGUGUUUUGUACCUGUACUUUCCUGUUCUUGCAUACAAGCAAUUAAGGUAUGGGAUUAUUCUCAUCCCAUUCUAGGUGUGUGUGUUUGUGUUUAACUCUUUUUCUCCUUCUAUGGAUUAAUACUGAAAUACACCAGGCCAUGCUUCUAGGCAUUUCAGAAUGGAAGUGUGGGGUGUUCUAAAGGUAUGUGCUGUGGCUGAGAUUGACUGCCUUUGGUAACCUAUUUGGGCACAGUCCACAAAAAGAGUCCCACUACCAAAGUCAUCUCUAUUUUAGAACUGUUGUAAUAGUACUGCAUCAAAUCUUCGCAAUUUUUCCUUGAAAUUCCUAUGAUAGAUUGCAGUGUUAAACAUGGAAUAUGUUGUUGCUCUUGCCUGUUUUAUCUCUAUGCUGUGACAAGAAGCUUUGAAGAUUGCUGCAACCUUGCCAUUUCUUGCCUGUCUUUGUUGCCGUGUAAGUUAGAGGAUAAUGAAACCUAUGUAACUGUAGUGAUGAGCUACUGGAAGGCAGCACUGCUAUCAAUAAUAUUGGUGGUUUUAUCUUUCACUCUUACAUUAAAACGGAGGGGACCAACAUGCCUGUCAGAAAAACUGCAACAAAACGGAAAAGCACAGCCAGGAUUAUUACUCCUGGCCUUCCCGCUAAAACUUCAAGGAAGUCACGCUUACUCCUUCCAAGUCCAGAAUCCCUUGAUGAUAAGGAGACUGGCCUUGUAUUCACAUUUGGCCAGGGUGAUGUUGGCCAACUGGGCCUUGGGGAGGAUGUCCUUGAACGAACUAAUCCAGCUAUUGUAAAAAAUCUUGAAAAUGUAGUGGAUAUUUGUGCAGGUGGUAUGCACACAGUUUGUCUCACGAAGACUGGAGAGGUUAUCACAUUUGGUUGUAAUGAUGAAGGUGCAUUAGGCCGGGACACAAGCAAUGGUAACUCAGAAACAGAACCAGGAAAAGUGGAGAUUGACGGUACUGUUGUUCAGAUAACAGCAGGAGAUUCUCACACAGCUGCUCUGACAGAGAAGGGGCAAGUUUUUGCCUGGGGAUCAUUUAGAGAUUCCAGUGGUUCAAUGGGGCUCAUGAAGGCAGGUGUUGCUGAGCAGAAACCAGUUGAAAUUCUCCCUGGAUUGAUGACUGUGAAAAUCGCAUCUGGAGCUGAUCAUCUAGUCAUGCUUGCUAAUGAUGGGCACAUUUACACAUGUGGAUGUGGUGAACAAGGACAGUUAGGUCGAGUAUCAGAACGUGCUGCAAAUCGUAGUUGCAGACAAGGAUUAGGGCAUUUAUUGGUACCUGCGCCAGUGCCUAUUAAUCCCAGGUCGAAACUUGGCUUUGAAGAUAUCUGGGCUGGAACUUGGUGUACAUAUGCCAAAGCUCAGAACCAUAUUUAUGUAUUUGGACUAAAUAACUACAGCCAGUUAGGUGUAGAGAAUCAAGUGUGCCACUUUCAUCCAGUGAUAUCACCCUCUUUUUCGGAAAAAUUAUGGUCACAGAUAUGCGGUGGGCAACACCAUACAUUGGCUCGUGAUAAUGAAGGUGGUGUUUAUGUCAUUGGUCGUAAAGACUAUGGGCGCCUUGGAUUAGGCAAAGACUGUGAAGACAUCACUACACCUACUGCUAUACCAAAACUUAUUGGGAUGAAAUGCACUGAUAUUGCAUGUGGUGCAGCAGUGUCAUUUGCUGUAAAUGAUAAAGGGGAAGUUUACGGGUGGGGAAUGGCGACAAAUGGACAGCUUGGAAAAAGUGGUGAUGGAGACGAUGAGAGUGAUGUGUAUGAGCCACGACAAAUCAAAGGAAAGCAGUUACUGUCACAUGUGGUGUUGAAAGUGUCAGCUGGUGGACAGCAUACUGUGUUGCUUGCUAAAAGUGCUAAAGUGACAGAGGAAAAAUAGUGCAGUUAGCAGUUUUGAAAUUGUAUCAACUUUGUACCAAAUUUGUGUAUAGGGAAAAGUGUUUUUUUGGCUGUAAUAUUAAUAACUAAAAGUCCAGUUCAGUGUUCUUCUCUCCCCCCACCCCUAUCCCCACUUGUUUUGUAACUCAUUUGACUACAUGCAAAGUUUACAUGGUUUGACAUUGGCACAAUACUAAAGGAAAAGCAGGAGAACAGGUGAUAUAGAAGUUUAGUAAAACAUGCUUGUGAAGAUGAAUUUUCAUUUUAAAAACUCAGAUUUUUUAUGUUGUAAAUAUUGAAGUCCAUUACUUGAAUAUAUCUGUUAAUGACUUCAGUCUUUUAUUUAUGAUCACACAUUUUGAUCUGUAAAAUUAUACUGAUUAAAACUGUUUUAUGUACUCUACUUUGCCACAUACAAUGGUCACCUCAGUAAUGGUUAUGUUUGAUAAAAUAUAAUCGCUGUACAUUAUUUGCCUUUUUCUCCUCGAUACAUAACCUGAAUAAUUUGUGUUCUUUUGGAAAACAUUUUGACAAAUAAUGGAAAAUUCAUUUUAAAUACUUGUACUUUUAAGUAGUAAUGUUCCUUUGAAUCAAAAGUGUAACUGUUAGAAAGAAACACUUUCUAAAAUGAAACAACCAAGUAAAUAUAA